CAGCGAGGACCUCAGCAAAUCCCCUCCCCUGCUGACCCACGGCCAGAAGUACCCCCCUAAUGAGGACCCCCUGGACUACCCCCCCACCGUGGUGCGAUUCUUGCCCCCAGGAGGGGCCUCCUCAGUGGGCAUGGAGAGUGGCAUAGACAGGGGGCACCAAGUUGCCGGGCUUUACCAGUACUGGCCCCAUUGCUCGGCCCAGUUUCCCCAGCACCACUGGAGGUCCUCAUCAGCACGGGGCACCCGUCCACCACCCUGUUCACGCGACCAGCCCAGCACUCUCCAGGCCCGACUCGAUCUACUACAGAGCCAACUCAACAGACUGGAGACGCGUAUGACCGCAGACAUUAACGUCAUUCUGCAGCUCCUGCAGAGGCAAAUGGCCCCUGUGCCCCCCGCCUACAGCACUGUCUCCCCUGACAGCCACCCGCCCGACCCCACUACCCUGUAUGGGCCAGGGGUGCCAGGGCUUCAUGGCGUGUACCCGCUCGCAAGUCGACCCAGAGACAGCUGGGUCUCCUCACUACAGUGUGCUGCUCAGUCAGAGACCAAGGUGACCCAGAAAUCCCAGGAGUCCCUGUCGAGCAGCGUCCACGUCACUGUGGUGUCGGGCGAGGAGGGGAGCAUGCCCAUCACCCCGGAGAUGGACCUGGCGGCGAGCCCCGACGCCCGUUCUCAGGAGAAGAUGGGUUGUCCAUCAGCGAUGACCUCAUCACGUGGCGCCUCCCAGCGCUCCCCUUCAUUGCCCAGCAACCUGGAUGCAUCGCUGCCCUUUGGUGAGAUCCAGAAGCACAUGUCGGAUCCUUCCCUUCCUGUCAGCUAGAGACACGACAUCAGGACCACUGGCCACUGCAGCCUCCCAAGACCUGAGAGACUGGGUCUUGUUGUCCCCUAAUUAGGGGUUCACAGGAUUGACUUCUGGACUGCAUGCCUUCAUAGAGACCACAGCAACAAAGAACUGCAUACGACUCCACAGUCCAACCAACUCAGCUGGUUUGAGUAGUUUAAACCACCACACACCUCAUGCAUUUCAGUGAUAUAUAAUUUGCAUUCCUGUGCUGUAAGCACUGUUUUUACAUUCCCCCUGGGUUUUGUACAAUAGAAUGGCACCACAUUGUGAAUAGCCUUGGUAACCAGUAGGAAUGUCCAUUCUAUCAGUCUCUCUAUAUGUAACAUGCAAAUUAUUUGUAUAAGUUAAUAACACUAAAAACAUAGCAGCUAACUCGACAUGUUAUAUUGUCUGGGGAUUUGCAGUGAAAGAUGCCAACAGGCCUUCGUCAAAACUGGCAGAGAAACGUAUUUUUCUGCUGUUAUUUAAGACUGUUUCCAACAUCAAUGAAAACACAGGGAGUAACAGUUAGUAGACAAUCUGUUUGUUUAGAUAUCAUAGUCCAGUUUUAGAGCUUAUAUAUUUAUUUUCAUCAUCUAAUUUAUUACUAGUUUACAUGUAGACAGGAACUACAUUAACAUAUUGGGGGAUAUUUGCGAUGUCUAUUUUUUCAUGUCUUCCCAAAUCACAGAUGCUACUGUUUGGUUCUGAAUAUCAUAGAAAAACAAACAAACAAACUUGACAGAAAACAAAAUGGCUGCCUAGACACAGUGGAAUAGGGGGUAUUCUGUGAAAAGAGAUUAGUGGUAUAUGUUGAGUCUAACGCUAGAGGUGUGUUCAAGUCCAGCAAACACAAGGUGAACAUUUGUGGCUAUUGCAUUGUUGCAUGCACUUUCUGUUUACAGUGAAUAACUUACAAAAAGCUUACACAAAACAUUCACAUUUAAAUGGUUAAAGAAAACAAGUUUGCCACAAAUUUUUGCCAAAUUUGAAUAAACCUCUGGCUUGAGGCUCAACCUUCCGCUAAACUCGCUUCGUACUUUAACCCCCUUCCAGAAGUGGAUCAAUGUGACCCAGAACAUCCCAGUGACAAAUUCUGACACAAGCCCGAAAGCAGCUGGUUCUAGACCAGUUCCAUCCAUUCUAGGAUCAGCUGCAACCAGGGAUCACAAUGUGUAAGGAAAGUACAAGAUUAAUAUUAGUAUUGUUUUGUUAUAGUUACACUCAGUGAAGAAGAUCCUGUUCAUUGAGUUUUUAGACUCAUUUCAGAAAUACAAUAAACACUGUUUAUGGGCACCCACAUCUCCAACCCUUUCUCGCUCUCUCUCUCUCUCUCUCUC